UCGUCUUGCAGCUCGAGCCAAAUGAGGAGUUGAACAUCGCGUUUGUUUUUAUCCAGAGAAGUUCCUUUACCCUCUCUGCGGACGGAACACUAGGGAAAAUACACCUUUGGGUUCUUAUUUUGAGCUCUUUGAAGUAUAUUGGAGGCAGCUUUGCUUUGGACCAGACGUGAUAAUGCUGCUGUUCUGCUGUGAUGCCUGUAGAAGUCUGGGCCGCCGCGGUGCACCACUGGGUUUGGUAUUCGCACUGUCGCAUUGCCAAGAGAAAUGUAAAAGCUAACUAACUGAAGAGCAAACACUGGCAUGGUAUUUGAGGCGUCAUUUUUGUUUUUUGAGCCAAAAAACGGGAUGAUACCACUCCGUUCAGCUUUCAUCCAGAGCAUCCAAACAUGACCCUGACUCUGCGUUUGCCUCUGUCCUAACACUGAUCUAACACUGAUCUAACACUCUGUCCUAACACUCAGAUCUAACACCGUCACAUAUGACUCAACUCUGUGCGCACUCACAUGAAGUUUUGACGUAGGUUUAGCGCAAAGUGCCUGUUUCCAGAGAUGUCUUUCACCAUGGAGGAUCAUUUGGAGUCUGGGUGGGUAGCAGUUCGACCAAAUGUGUUUGAAGAAAAGGAAAAACAUAAAUUCGCUUUUAUUGUGGCCUGGAACGAGGUGGAGGGGAAAUUUGCCAUCACUUGUCACAACAGGACGGUGCAGAGAAGGAGCUUGAUCAAAGAUUCAGAAUCUCACAUCAGGAUCACGGCCAAAGAGGAAACGAAAGGAUGCUCCAAGCUCUCAUCAGCCCCUGCGACACCGCCGAGCCCCGUUAAAGUUCAGAGUGAGGACGAUACCAGUCUGAGCCCGGAUGUUGAGGUGCUUCACGAGCUGUCCCCUGGAUCGGACAGUCCAGAGUUGGAGGAGACCCUGCGCGCGGAGGACUGCAGCUGGGCAGGACUCUUCUCUUUCCAAGACCUCCGAGCCGUGCACCAGCAGCUCUGCUCCGUCAACUCCACCCUAGAGCCGUACCUCCCGGGGUUCCCGGAGGAACCCGCGGGAAUGUGGAGCGUGCUCUUCGGCCCCACUGAGGUGUCCCAAACAGAGAUGGAAGAGCUGUGCUUCAGUCUGCACCAGUACCUCGGCCACGCGCUGGACACGUGUGGGUGGAAGAUCUUGUCGCAGGUGCUGUUCACGGAAAACGACGACACGGAUGAGUACUACGAGAGCCUGAGUGAGCUCAGACAGUCUGGAUAUGAAGAGGCUUUGCACCGGGCCUCCAGACAUCUGACGGAGCUGUUGGAGAGGCAUGGGAGCACGGACAGCAUGGUCGACCUGCUGGACUUGUAUGAGCAGGAGGACCAGGCGUUUGGGGGUUUACUGGAGGCCUCCACUCAGCUGUACCAGUACCUCCUGCAGCCAUUCAGAGACAUGAGGGAGCUAGCGAUGCUACGCAGACAACAGAUCAAGAUUUCUUUGGCAAAUGAUUAUUUGGGACCACGGAGAAUUGAAGCCCUUAAAAAGGAGGACUGUGACUGGCAGAAGAAGGCUCAGGAGGCUGUCCUAAACAUCCAGGACUUCACUGUUAAAUACUUUGAGAUCACUGCCAGGGCUCAGAAAGGAGUUUAUGAGCGAAUGAAGUCAGACCAGCGUAAAUUUGGUAAAGCCUCGUGGACAACAGCAGUGACGCGCAUGGAAAGACUACGUUAUUCUGUAGCUAAAGAAACUCUUCAACUACAGAGAGCCAAAGAGAUCUCUUUGGAGCAGAGGAAACAUGCACUGAAAGAAGAGAUGCAGAGCCUUUGCAGCAGUGAGGAUGCAAUGGCCCUUUUAGACCACAUGGAAAGGCAGUAUUAUGAACUCCAACUGCAGCUGUAUGACAUCCAGGCUGAAAUCCUCCAGUGUGAAGAGCUGCUCCUCACUGCUCAGCUGGAGAGCAUCCGGAGGCAGAUGGCAGAGCAUCAGAAUGAAGUGGUCUACUAUGACACCUUUGAAAGUGCAGAUGAUAUAACAGAAGUUGACACUGAAGUGAAGGCGGUGAUAAGAAGACUACAGGACAGUGCUCGGCAGCUUGAGACCAGAAGAGGGCGCAUCACUGCGAAGCGUUCUUAUCUUAGAAACAAAAGGGAUAUUUGUAUGUUUAAUCACAAGGAGAAGCAACAGGGACUUCAAAAAACUCUUAUGCCUCAAAAGAUAAGAAACAAGGAAGUGGAAGAUGACGAGAGGAAAAACUGCAGAGUAAGUCAGGAAAGACAAAAAACACUGGACAGAUUACGAACUUUUAAACAGAGGUAUCCAGGUCAGGUCAUUCUGAAGUCGACUCGGCUGCGUGUUUCUCACAGCAGAAGAAGAGAUAGAGGAAGGAUAGAGAGUAGUAAAGACGAAGCAGAACCGCUGUACCAGAGCACCAGUGUUCAGACAGACCCCAGCCCUACACUGACCACUCAGCCAGUCUCAUCGCUCACCACAUGUCUCCCGCUGGUCCCCGUUCCCUGCUCUGUGGAUUCAUCCUGCUCCCCCUGCUCUCUGUCCUCCCUACUGGCGUCUCCCAUCUCUGUUCCACCUCCGCCCCCGCCCCCCCCUCCACCUGCCAAAGACGAGACCUCUUCAUCACCUAGCCCAGGCCUGAGAGAGAAGAGUACUCAUAGUGACACAGAAGACUCUUCCCUAUCCCCCAUUGGCCCCUUUGUACCACGAUUCUUUGACAGUAGCCAGUUGGUCAGUGCACGAAAAAAGCUCAGGAAGACAGAGUUUGAAACCCAGAGCAGAAGAGUAAGCUCACCAAUGGAUGAAGUCCUAGCCUCUUUAAAAAGAGGCAGCUUUCACCUAAAGAAGGUUGAUCAACGAUCCAUGCCUCCAGCAAAGUCUGAUGAUGAUGCAAACAGCAUCUUGGCCCAGAUUCGUAAAGGGGUCAAACUGAGGCGUGUCCCGCAGAAAGACAGAAAGGAUCAGGCAGAGUUAGCUGCUCCCACGGAUCCUCUCACCAAAAGCAUCCACGAUGCACUGCGGCGCAUCAAAGAGGCCUCACCAGAGUCGGACAGCGAUGAUGAAGGACCUAUGGGCCCUGAAUGGGAAAGUUAAGGAUCACAAGCCACAAUCACCAGAUCACUGGUACUGCACACUGUAGCUGUCACUAAAGCACAUGCAGAGCCUAUAUGGUGUUUACACGUGUUUUUCUUUCACCAUUAUACCAUUAACAACAUACGCACCAAUGUGUUUUAAACAAUAUGUUCUUCAACAUAAAGAAAUCUGUGUGGUACGUAACACUGAUGUGAAGCCUCAUUUAAAGUAACAACUACGCUCAUGGAAGGGGUGAAUAAAAGGCACCAGUUACCGUAUUUAAUAUAGUAUAUUAGAUUUUUACAUUUGCAGUGACUAGUCACUAUGUCUUCUAUAGUAUUUCUUCUAAUAACCAAAAUUCACAUCUGUUUUAUUCUGAUAUUUGGUUAAGUUGAAGGCUGACAGACAGUGGUGGUCCAUAAAGACAUUGUAGGGGCUUUAAAUCUCAUUUAAAGCUGAUUAAUACCAAUGCCCUUCCCCCCACUGUCCUCUGGUGGCCUUCAGCUGCCCCAGCUCUCACGUCUGGUGUGUGUGAGGGGUGAAUAUUUAUUGACCUGUCUGUUCGACCGUAGCAUAUGGUCAAGGCAAUGGGAGAUAUGGAUCGUCACAAUGGGUUAAGUAUCUGAUGCCACAUGUAACAACUCCUCUGACUGAAGUGGAGGAGCUAAAGAGGAGGCUAAAGUGCAACUGCCAGUGCAUGAGCCAAAAUGUCAAGGACGUGUCGGUGUUUCCUGAACCACAUUUGCUGGUGGGAUAGUCACGGCAGACCCGUGGAGACAGUCACGCUUGUUUGAAUGAUGAAUCGUAUGAGGGAGCUUAGACUCUGAGCUCUGGGGGGUGUGUGGGGUGUGGAGCAGGCGGCAGUGAUUGAUGCGAUUUCGUUUGCCAUCUUAUUCACUUUGCCUCUUCAGUUAUAUGUUUCCUAAUGCCUCCCAGUGCUCUGUGGGUAGAUGCACACAGUGGGAGGUUUGCUACUCAGAGUCCUACGAGUGAGAAAUUCACACAUGGACUCACGAUCUCAAAGAUUUUGCACAAGUAAAGUUAAUUACAGGCUAUUUCCAAAGCUUAGUUUGAAUUAUUUAGUAAUAUUAAAUGUAUCUUUAUUUUUAAAGCACCAAUCAAGUUUAUGGCCCCAAACUCCACUAUGUUAUAAAUGUGAUUUUGAUUGAUUGAUGGCUUAGCUUUGAUUCUGUGGUACACAUUAUGCUGUAAAGGAUGAAUGCAACAGUUUGUCUUACAAUGCAAAGUUGAGGCUUUUAUAUGUUACAAAAUGUUGUUUUUUGAAGAAGAAGAAGAAGAAGAAGAAGAAGCUUGAAAAAACAAGUAGUUAAUAAUAUCACAGUGUGACAAUGAUCAAAAUCCAUUUUCAACACUUGCUUUUUGUCUUUAUAUGUAAUUAUGUUAUUCAUGUGCUUUAUGUCUCCAAAGCCAAACCAUACCUGCUAUAACUGCAUAAGAGACAACCAUCCAUUUUAAAGUACU